CCCUUGAGUCUUUGGCAUUUAUAUUUGUGUGAAAGAAUCUAGGAUGUUCCAAGAAAACACAUCAGCCAAUUGCUUAAAUAAAAUAACAACAUCUACUGAAGAUGGUGCUUUCCAAAAAAAGGGCCAUAGCGCAAGAAUCCUUAGCCCAGAAGAAGCUGAGAGUCUGGCAAAAGAUCAGGUUUUGGUGUCUGAGUUCAAGCAAUUAAAACUGGAGAAAGAGGCACAGAAGAACUGGGAUCUAUUUUACAAAAGAAACAGCACAAACUUCUUCAAAGACAGACAUUGGACAACCAGAGAGUUUGAAGAGUUAAAAGCAUGUCGGGAGUUUGCUGAUCAGAAACUGACCAUUCUGGAAGCAGGCUGUGGGGUUGGGAACUGCUUGUUUCCACUCUUAGAAGAAGAUCUGAAUAUUUUUGCAUAUGCCUGUGAUUUCUCUCCUAGAGCUGUUGAGUAUGUGAAGAAAAACACCUUAUACAGUCCUGAAAGAUGUAAAGUGUUCCAGUGUGAUCUUACUAAAGAUGAUCUUCUAGAAAAUAUACCAGCAGAUUCUGUGGAUGUUGUCACACUUAUAUUUGUGCUUUCUGCCAUUCAUCCUGACAAAAUGCAUCUUGUCUUGAAGAACAUUUACAAGGUAUUAAAACCAGGCAAGAGUGUCUUGUUCAGAGACUAUGGACUGUAUGAUCAUGCAAUGCUCAGGUUUAAAUCUGGCAGCAAACUUGGAGAAAACUUUUAUGUUAGACAAGAUGGGACAAGAUCGUAUUUUUUUACUGAAGAGUUCUUGUCUCAGCUUUUCAAGGCUGAGGGAUAUGAGCAAGUGGUCAAUGAAUACGUGCAACGAGAAACAGUGAAUAGGAAAGAAGACUUCCGUGUUCCAAGAGUUUUUCUUCAAAGCAAAUUUCAAAAGCCUUUCAGUAAGACAUAAGUUCUUGCUGACUAGCAAUAGCAUUGCUUGUUUGAAAUGGAAGCUAGCACGUAGUUUUUCCUUGUGUGUGCUCAUCUUUUUGGUAAACUGGAAAUGACUGCAUCCAGUACCUCUUGUUGGUUUUCAUCCUCAGAUACGAAGUACGAAUAUCAAUUCUAACUCAAAUUUAAGAUGGUUUAGUGAUGCAGGCAACCUGUUGAGUAUCUGUAUUCCUGCUUUUAAAGUAAAUCCUGUGCAGCGUUGUUGGAGGAUCAGGUAAA